AUGAUUUCUAAAAAUUAUUUGAAAUUAACCUAUAAAAAUCAAAUUGUAUAUAAACAUUUUUCAACAAUUUGUAAUAAUGAAAUAGAAUAUGACAAAUUAAUUCUAAAUUAGUUAGAAUUUUCAAUUAUAUCAGGUAUUAUUCUAAAAAUUUAUAAUUUUAGAAUCUCAAGAAGACCAAAAAAACAUUACUACAGAUUAACAUAUAAAAAAGAACAGAUUAAGGAAUAAUCUACCUUCUAAUAAGAGUAAUUAAGAUAAAAACGAUUUCUCUGAUUAAGAGAGUAUAAAUAUCAAAUUUAAAGAUACGAACAAAUUAUCUGAAAUUUUAGAAAAUUAUAAAGAAGGUAGAUUAUUAGAUACUAUUAAUUCAACUAAUAAUACUUUAGAAUUAUUUUGUUAACAUCAAUGGGGAGAUUUCAAAUGUUCUACUUAUAGUGGAUAAAUCAUUUUUAAUUAAGAUGAUGAUGAAAUUAUUUUAACAUUGAUUGACAUAUCAAAACAAAAUAAAUACUUUGAUGAAAUGAUUAAAGACUAAUUUAAAACUUCAGUAAAUAUUUUUAUUUAUUAUUUUAGAUAGCCCAAUCUUUUUCACAUGAAUUAAGAACACCUUUAAAUAGUUCAUGUAACUUUUUAUAAUACUGUUUAAAUCAUAAAGGCAUUGAAGAUGAAUUGAAAAUCAACUUCAUUUAACCUGCUAUUAAUGCCUUAAGAUUACAAUCUUAUUUAAUUAAUGAUAUUAUUGAUUUUAGUUCAUUAUGUGCUGAUAAUUUAGAAUUGGAUAUUAAAGAUUUUCUAAUUAUGGAUUUAGUAGAUGAAAUUAAUAAAUUAUUUAAAUCUGUUAUAGAAAUGAAAAAAUUAAUUUUGUAUGUUGAUUUAUUGGAGAAUUAAUUAAAUAGUAUUUCUACAGACUUUUAGAGAUUAGUCUAAAUUAUAGUAAAUGUUCUAUAAAAUUCUAUUAAAUAUUCAAAUUCUGGAUAUAUUUUACUUAAAUUGUCAACAUAUUCAUAGAAUUUCUUAAAGGUUACAGUUAAAGAUGAAGGAUUUGGAAUAGAUUAAGAUAGAUUAAUUAAAAUACAUAAAAUGCUUUUAGAUGUUGAAUAAAAAUAAAACUUUUCUUAAUAUUAAUCUUGGCAUGGAUUUGGUUUACUAAUCUCAUCAAUGUUAUUAUCAAAAUUGUGUCCUGCAGAUUAUAAAUCAUUAUUAAUUAGAUCUGCAGGAUAAGGAUAAGGAACAAAAGUGACAUUCUAUAUUUAGAAUCAUAAAUUAAUUCGGUAAUCAUCAAGUGUUCAUUAUAAGGAUAAACCAAUAAGACUUAACAGUAAACUUAGAUAAAGUAAUCUAUCAGGUUCAUAACAUCAUUUAUCAUUAAAUGGAACACUUAUUUAAAUUAGUGAUCUAUUUGUUUCUAAUCGAAAACUUAAUGUUAAUACUCCAUUUGUUAAAAAAGUAACUCUAAAAUCUUUAAAAUCAAAUGAAAAUUCAAUUUUUUCAGAUAGUAUAAUUAACUUAGAUUAAGAUUUAUAAAUAUCUGAAAUGCAUCAUUUAUAACCAUUUUUAUUUUCAGAAACAGGUCAUCAAAGAAUAAAAUUGGCUAAGUAAGAUUUAUCUCCAAAAAGUAAUCAUCCUUAAGCAAAAAUAGUAAGUUAUAAAUAAUUAAAACUUUAAGAAGAACUAGAUAGUGAAUAACAUUUGAAAGCAAUAAUGAAGAAGAAAAAAUGUAAUUGUAAGAGAAUAUUGUCUGUUGAUGAUGAAAUUUUUAAUUAAAAAUCAAUUCAAUUCUUAUUAUCUUAAUAAGGUUUUGAAAUUAUUUUGGUAUUAUUUAAUAUUAUAUUUAAAAGGCAUUUAAUGGGUAAGAAGCUAUUUAGAUAGUUAAAGAUACACCAAAAUGUAACUUAAAUUGUAGUUUAUUUUUAUUAAUUUUAAUGGAUUAUCAAAUGCCAAUAAUGAAUGGAUUAUAAUGUACUAAAUAAUUAAGAUUAAUGAUGGAUUAACAUUAAAUACCAUAAAUUCAUAUUAUUGGAUUAACUGCAUUUAAUAGUAAGAAUGAUAUUAACAUGUGUUUAAACUCUGGAAUGAGUGAUGUGUUAACUAAACCAUUAAUAAUAAAAGAACUCUUUGAAAUAUUACAACUUAUUUGA